AGAAAUUUUCGAUCAGUUUAAGUUUUUCAUUUGCAACGAACGCAACCAAAUCGCUCCGAAGCGAACGCAAAACGAAACAGCAAAAACUCUUAUUUUGUAUAGCUCGUUUAAACAAAAAUCGCGCGCGGACUCCGAAACAAAAAAGGAGAAAAAUAUAUGUAUGAAAUAAUAAAAACAAUACCGUAAAAGCGGCUAAGGCGUGCUAAAUAAAAUACAUAAAUAAAUGCAAAUACGGGUUCAAAUGUGCAGCGACAUCGAAAAAUAUUAGUGCACUAAUUCUACACUCUUUGCAUGGUGCUAAAGAGAAACAAAAUAAGCAUUAAAUACAAAUUUAAUGAAAAUUUAUAGUUUUUACCGCGCGAGUGCUUGUGCCAAAUAAAUACCAAUUAAACGUUUUAAAAGUUUAACGAGAGUGAUAAAAACAAAAAUAAAAGUGAAAUUAUACCAGUUAGAAAUGUGACUAAAACAACUUAACGAAUUUACUUGCUUAAUCAAACAAAAAGAAACAAAGAAGAAAGGAGCGGAAACACACAGUAAAGAGGAAUUUAACCAGUGCAGUUAAGAGCCCAGAGCUCAGAAGGCAACCGUCACAAAAGACAAAGCGAUCAAGCUACAAAGCAGCGCUUAACGGUUUACGGUUAACGGUUAACGAUUAACAGUUAACGAUUGAAUUGAAGCUAGUGAAGGAUCUAACGCUUUAACCAAACAUGAGCGUCAUUGAUAGCGGCAAGUAUCGCUUGCGCAAGGAUUGGGCCAGUGCCUCCAUACCAUCAUUGGUCAACAUCGAUGAGCAUGUCGAUGGCGAUGGCGAGCCAGAGAAUAGCAAGAGCAUAGCGGCACCUCUACCGCCACAGAAGCCCCCACGUCGCAGCUCCCUGGCGUUGGGACUAUUCUCCAGCAAAUCGGACAAGAGCCAAAAGAGACGCAGCUCCAUAGCCGUCGCAUUUAUGCGUCGUGACAGCAAUAAGAACUCUGCCAAAGACUCGUAUGAAUCGGCUGUGCGAAGUGAGAAAUCUGAUGGCUCAGUCACGCCCACCAACAGUCCCGAGAUCGUAUAUAGCUCGGAGGAGAAUAUACGCGCCAGUUCACCGAAUGAGCCUGGCAAAUUGACUUAUUUUGAAGAUGGCACACAAUCGCGUGCUGUCGUCCAGGGUAUGAAUCAAUAUGAUACGCCCAACGAUCGUCAACGUCGACGUCGCAGUUCGCUGCAGACAAAACUAGAUCGUCACAGACGCAAAAAGAUGGAGUUUAUUAAUCAAAGGAGCUUGGACUCCAAUAUGACACACAGCGAAUCGCACGGCGAUCUGACCAAUGAUAGUAUGGCGGCUAAUGGAUCCAAUGGAGCCGGCGAUAUGAGCAGUUAUGCAAAUAAUGACGAUGAUGAAUACGAUAUUGUCGAUCCCAAUCAUGUUGAGUAUUUUCCACGUGAAAAGCGACAUUCCUGGUGGAACAUUUUCGUACCCGAUAACUUCAAGAACAGGUCACGUAGGGCUAGUCAAGAUGUUUCCAGUUUGUCACGCAGCGUUGACAAUUUGGCGAUACCCGUGCGCAGGAGCAAAUCGCGUAGUGUGGAUCAUGGCCUUGCGGCGCCUUUCGAUUUGGAUUCAUUGCGCUCAAAAGUUGAGCAGCGUUUUGAGAGUGUCGACAAAUUGUCAAAGCAAAAGUCUUCAUUGCCCACCAUACCCACCAUUUCCUAUACCGUGGGAAAUCGCGACACAUUGACCUCGGUGGCAGCACGUUUUGAUACCACACCAUCGGAGCUAACACAUUUGAAUCGGCUUAACAGCUCGUUUAUAUACCCGGGCCAGCAGCUGUUGGUCCCCGAUAAGAGUGCCAAAGAUGAUGCCUCCACCAGUUCGACUGGAACGAAUGAGGGAGGGGGCGGCGGAGGCGGUGGCAGUAUAUCCGGCAAGUCGAGUCCAAUUGAGCGCAAAUUCUCUAGCGAUGAGAGCAAGCAGGAGAAAGAUAUUCUUGAGGGCCUGCGUCCCGGUUCCCCCAAGCCAGGACAUAUUGAGCGGGUGGUGGACAACAGUCAGGCCGAGGAGAAUGCGGACAAGAGCGAUGAUCCUGUGAUUACACAACGUUUUCUCAAGAUCAAUGUACGGCACAUUACCGAUGGCCAAGGCGUUGUCGGUGGCGUUCUGUUGGUCACACGCAACGCUGUCAUGUUUGAUCCGAAUGUCAGUGAUCCCCUGGUCAUUGAGCAUGGUCCCGAAAGCUAUGGCGUGAUAGCCCCCAUGGAUUUGGUCGUCAAUGCAGCCAUCUUCCAUGACAUUGCCCACAUGCGUGUGGCAGGAGGCGCUGGACCGAGUGUUGCUGCCAGCAGCGGCGGCGCUGACGCAGAGAAGCCAGAGAUCUAUUAUCCCAAACCAGUAUUAGUUGAGGAGGACUCCAAAGAGUUGAGCGAGCAGCAGGCAGACAUUGAGACCAAUAAGCAACGCUUGGAGGCGGAAAUUGGCUCGCUGGAGAUCACCGAUGAUCAGGAAUCACUUUGUUCCAGCACUGGACGCGACGGCGAUGCCUUUCCCAAGGCCUUUGAGCGUGAACGUGUCGAGGAUACAUCAACGGAAGCCAAAGAUAGCGCUAAGACUGACGCUCACGAUGAGGAUGAUGAAAAGAAAACGCUCGGCCUGACAAAUACACGCAGCACGCUGGAGGAGCGUCGUAAAAGCCUUUUGGAUCAUCACUGGGCCAUUCCGAGCAAAGAUCGAUCAUCGGAUGACGAGGCAGAUAACGAGUCCAACAUAACCAUAGAUAGCGGCUCUCGCGUCCAGGAUCCACAUUUGACAGCCAGUUCGGUCAGCGGUGUUGCCACUGCAACCACUGCUACUGCAACUGCUGGUGGUGGUGCAGCUGGUACAGCAGCUGCUGCUGCGGCAGUUGGCGGUGCUGGUUUGUUGCCGGGCAUGUUGCCACCAUCUGGCAUUGAUUUGGAGCAUCUGGAGCAGCUCUCGAAGCAGUCAUGCUACGAUUCGGGCAUCGAUAUACGCGAGCCCAUACCCACAGUACAGCCGAUACCAAAGAAAACCGUUUACAGCGAUGCUGACAUUGUUCUCAGCUCCGACUGGGUUCCACCGAAAACCAUUGUGCCGACGCACUUUAGCGAGUCGCCGCCACGCAGCACGAUUCUUGGCCAGAGCCUCGAUGCUGGCGGUGCUCGCAAGAAGACAUCCAGCGUCAGCUUCAGCGUGGACGACGAGGCAGCACAACAAGUACAGGCAGCUGCAUCCGCGGCAGCUGGUGACAAGCAGUCCGAAAAGAAGAACAAGGUAAAGCUGGGCGGUAAUCUUUUUUCGAAAACACCGUCCGAAGAAUCUGGUGGGUCGCCAGUGCCGCCAUUGACACCACACUCGACACAUUCCGAGGGUCAUAUGACCUAUGGUCACAGGCGCUCGUCAAUUGGCACCUUUAUACGUCCACAUUCGUCAGAGGGCACGGUGUACAGCACAAAGCUGAAGGAGCCAAAGCCACAGCCGCCCAAGCUGGACUAUCGCUCCAUGGUCUCAAUGGAUGACAAGCCGGAAUUGUUUAUUAGUGUGGACAAGCUUAUACCACGUCCAGCACGAGCCUGCUCCGACCCACCUUUGUAUUUCCGCCUGCGUAUGGGAAAACCCAUUGGCAAGGCCAUUCCACAGGGAACCACUGUCAUGUCCUAUGGCAAAAACAAGCUGCGCGCCGAAUAUUGGUUCAGUGUGCCUAAAAAUCGCGUUGACGAGCUCUAUCGCUUCAUAAACACCUGGGUGAAACACCUGUACGGUGAGCUGGACGAAGAGCAAAUCAAGGCGCGCGGCUUUGAACUAAUCCAAGAGGAUACCGAAUGGACGAAGAGUGGCACCAUCAAAACCGGUGGCUACAGCGACAGCCAGGAUGGCGAGGAAAUCAGCGAUCUCACCCGCGAGUCCUGGGAGGUGCUGUCUAUGAGCACAGAUGAAUAUCGCAAGACCUCACUUUUUGCAACUGGUUCCUUUGACCUGGAUUUCCCCAUACCAGAUCUAAUUGGCAAAACAGAGAUACUCACAGAAGAGCAUCGCGAAAAACUGUGUGCACAUUUGCCAGCUCGCGCUGAAGGAUAUUCCUGGUCCUUAAUCUUUAGCACAUCGCAACAUGGUUUCGCCCUGAAUUCGUUGUAUCGCAAAAUGGCUCGACUGGAGAGUCCAGUUUUAAUUGUCAUAGAGGAUACAGAGCACAAUGUAUUUGGUGCUUUGACCUCCUGUUCGCUGCAUGUGUCGGAUCAUUUCUAUGGCACCGGCGAAUCCCUGCUCUACAAAUUUAAUCCCAGCUUCAAGGUAUUUCAUUGGACUGGCGAGAAUAUGUACUUUAUCAAAGGAAACAUGGAAAGUCUCUCGAUUGGCGCUGGCGACGGUCGGUUCGGUCUCUGGCUGGACGGUGAUCUGAAUCAGGGUCGCUCACAGCAUUGCAGCACAUAUGGCAAUGAGCCAUUGGCGCCACAAGAAGACUUUGUUAUCAAAACACUCGAAUGCUGGGCAUUUGUUUAAGUGAACUUGUGUUGAGAACGCAUUCUACAUGAGAAGAGUGAAGCCUACCUAUUUAAUUAAUUAUAUUUAUAUAUAUAUAUAUGUAUGUGUACUAAAAAAAAAAUUACAAACAACCUGAGAAUGAUAUCAAAAGCUAACGCGUGUCAAAACAAAUAAUAAACAACAUCAACAACAAGCAUAACAUUUUAAAUAUAUAAUUGAAAUCACACGGAAAACACAAAGACGAGAAUAAUAGAAACUCUAACCUUAACUUCAAAUGCAAUUGAAAGCUUGUAAAAUUGUAAAUGCCUGUGAGCAGAAAGAAAAUUACUGUAUGCGUUGAAACGUAUUAAUUAUUUAGUUUUUAUAUAAUAUAUUACUAAAAAAAAAAGUAACUAAAUUAUGUAUUAGAAUAAAACAGUGAGAAAAACUGAUUUAAAACAAAACAGAACGAAGCAAACAAAAGCUACGAAAAAAAAGGAAACAAUUGAAAUGUACACUUAAAGCACACGACAUUUGGACAUAAACAUCAUGCAAUCACACACAACAAAAUACACACACCCACUACACACUUCACACACACGCAUCCACACACACGCCUACCCGCAUUUAAUCUUAAGUUUUAUUAUCAAAAAUCAUACUAAAUGAAAUGAUGAUAAACCAAAAUACAAUCCAAAGCAACAAGCUUUCAAUUCAAUUAAAUUAAAUUGAUUCUAUGUUCUGUAUUUGGUUUAUUAAUUUUAAUAUAAUUUACAUUUAAUUAUAAUUUGAUUCAAGCCUUUAAUUUUCUCUAUAAACAAGUGCAGAAAGAAAUGAAAAGAAUGUCGAUAUAAUUUUAGUGCAAUGCUCCCAAUUUUUGCAAGUGAAACGAAAAUAUUUUUUUUAUUGAUUUAACUUUUUAAUGUAGAGCAACUGAGUGAGCGAUAGAGAGAGAAAACAAUAUAAAGGCAAUUAUUUUCUUUAGUUUUAAUUAUGCUAAUGAUGUUGUUUUUUAUGCAAUUAUACUAAACGGAAACAACACAAGAAUGAUAAAUACACAAUAUACUACAACAAUUACAAAA